AUGAAACGGGGGAUAGUUGAAAUGUCGACACGAGCGGGUCAAGAGUGUGGUGAUUUUGGAACAGAAGAAUCCGGUGGGAAACGUAUGAAACAAAGUUGUUUGACGGAUAGACUCUAUUUCAACAAGGUUGUAGAUGUAGAUGAAGAGUAUAAUAUUAAUGCUUUUUCUUUUGCGGAAUUAUUAGAACAUAUCUGUCCUGUGGCAUCAAUCCAUUUUAAUUUCAUGAUCGAUCUUCGAUGGCUACUUGAGCAGUAUCCAGCCCGAUUGCGACAAGGACCAAUUACAUUAAUUGUAGGCGAAAGAAUGGGGACCGAUUUUACAUUAACUAGAACUGCUGUAAAGCAAUGUGGAGUAAAUAACGUCACUGUUGGACGAGCACGCCUAAUGAUACCGUUCGGGACGCAUCAUUCCAAAAUUUCCAUUUUUGAAAGCAGUACUGGGAGAGUGCAUAUUGUCAUUUCGACUGCUAACUUGUUAGAAAACGACUGGAAUUUCAAAACCCAAGCAUUCUAUCACUGCAGUGGAAUUGAACGGUCUGCCGACAAUAGGUGCAACCCAAAUGGAUCCGAUUUCCAGGCUGAUUUUGUAAAAUACUUGAACGAAUAUAAAACAAGUCAAGAUUGGGGUCUUAUUGAAUAUUGGCGUGAUCGUGUUGCUAGCAUUAACUUGUCCCAUGUUAAGGCACGAAUUGUUUACUCUGUACCAGGAGCUCAUAAAGGCGUUCAAUUAACGAAAUAUGGUCAUCCAAGAUUGCGUGUAAUACUGAAAGAAUUGUUCGGAAAUGUAAAAAUGGAUGAAUUCACUUAUCAUGUUCAAUUUAGUUCACUUGGUAGUCUUGGAGCAGCACCGCAAUAUUGGCUUACGGGACAAUUUUUAAAUAGUCUUGCUGGUGGUGCAGAAACAGAUGGCAAGCAUUUGCGAAUUAUUUAUCCUUGUGUGGAAGACGUUCGAAAUUCUAAUGAAGGAUACCAAGCAGGUGGUUCGUUUCCUUACAAUAAUAGUGUGGCAGUAAAGCAGCCAUAUUUGCUUGAUUUCAUGUACAAGUGGCGCAGUAAUCAUCUGGGACGUUCUCGCGCUAUGCCGCACAUCAAGACAUAUGCAGCUUUUGCUAAAAACUCUCUAAAGCCACUUUGGUUACUUGUAACAAGUGCCAACCUUUCUAAGGCAGCUUGGGGUGAUUAUCAGUUAAAAAAAACACAAUUAACUAUUCGAUCAUAUGAAUUUGGCGUGUUAUUCAAUGAUCCUGAAUCUUUGGAUAUGUUGCCAUAUGAUUUGCCUUUGACAAAAUAUGAUGACAACGAUCGUAUGUGGAUAGUAGAUAAAACAUACAGGAUGCCAGAUGCAUUCCAAAAAACCUGGCCGUAA